AUGAUCGACAAGCCAAACGUUCUAAUUCGAAUACACAAAGAUGGUCAGAUCCUCUACUCGGUCAGGAUCUCAAUGGUUCUUUCAUGUCCCAUGCAUCUUCAGUGGGAGUCAAAGAUCGAUAACGAUGAAAUUACUCCCAGUUAUUUUCAGAAUGAGAAGCAAGCGCAGAAGCACAUGAUCGACAAGCCGAAACGUUCUAAUUCGAAUACACAAAGAUGGUCAGAUCCUCUACUCGGUCAGGAUCUCAAUGGUUCUUUCAUGUCCCAUGCAUCUUCAGUUCGCAGAAGAACUCUCCUCUGCGCUUUUUGUUUCCUCGGACUUCGCAGAGUCGGCGAUUUCGUCCUGCAUACUGAUGAUCAUGCGACUUUCGAAGACUUCCAAUGGCGCGCGUCUUACUAUCCAAUGGAUGUGCAAACGUGCCUCAUUGACCUGGCCUCCUACGCGUACACAGACACCGACAUCGAGUACCGGUGGAAGGAGACAGAUCCAGUACAACUCAAGGAUGGGCUCAAUUCUUCACUACCCAGUUUUCAACUCAAUAACGUGAGCUUUUCUCCAUUUACAUAUCAUGUUUCGACCACAUACUGCACUAGCAAAACAAAUACGGGAACAUAUUCGUGUCUACGAACUGUUUUGGAGCUCAGGAGGCAGUUCAGUUAUUAUUUGUUACAACUCUACAUACCGUCGACUAUGCUGGUUAUCGUGUCCUGGGUUUCAUUCUGGUUGGACAGGUCGGCGGUUCCUGCCAGAGUAACGCUAGGGGUAACUACACUUCUUACAAUGACGACGCAGGCAUCUGGUAUAAACGCCAAGCUACCUCCGGUUUCCUAUACAAAAGCAAUCGAUGUUUGGAUUGGUGCCUGUCUUACAUUCAUUUUUGGAGCUCUACUUGAAUUCGCAUGGGUCACUUACAUCUCUACGAGAAAUUUCUCUAAAUGUAAGUCGAGGGUUUCUAGAGCUGAUCUGAACAGUGUGGAUCUUAGGUUGCGCCAUGCUGUGAUCAUGGUAGACGACCAGUACCCAAACAUGGACGAGGCGAGUUUUGAUUGGGUACAGUUUCUCUGCAGCAAAUGCCAACAUCUAUCACGUCUGUGA